GGGGAUCCAGUCCAGCCUGUGAGGCCCUGCAGCUGCUCUGCUCGCCAUGGAGCUCUUUGAUUCUUUUCCUUUCAGCAUCCUCCUGGUCCUUCACCUGCUGGUCUCAUACCCGUACAGCUGGCUGGCCCUGCACAGCUUGCCGCUGGGCCCCUUCUUCACCACCAUCCUCCUCAUCCAGGCUGCUGCCAGCCUGCUAGCAUUCAGCUUCUCCAACCUGGAGUUCCUCCGGACAGCAGGAAAGACCCAGAGGGACGUGCUGGAGCGGAGCAGCACAGUGAAGCGGCAGCGCUGCCACAGCUGCCACCGUUUCUGCUGGCAUCACAUCCUCUGUCUCUGCUGUGAUAGCUGCAGGAGGCACUUCUGCCAGCAUCGCCAGGCACCGAGGAAGUACAGCAGGCCCCAGCGUUGCCCACACCAUCGUCCCACCAUCUCCUAUUACCGCUGCGUCCACCUCCUGUUGACGGUCGCCACAUCCCAGUCCGUGGCAGUGCAGCUCUCCUGCAUCCUCCUCCCGCUGCUCUGCCCCCUGCAGCCCAUCACCCUGCAGAAGAUCGACGUAAUCACAGUCACCGUCUUCACCAUCCUCUACCUGAACCCCAUCAUGCUCUGGGCCCUCUGGGGCACCCGAGCACAGCGCACGCCGAGGCAGCGGGUACGGCCGCAGGGCACCAGAGCAGCGGAUGGCACUGUGACACGUCGGUGCUCCACGCAGCUCCAUCCCACUGUGCAGGCACUUGAGCGCAAGGAGGCUUACACCUGCCUAUGCUGUGCCCUAUGGAAGUCGAGUACUGAGACCAUCGCCACCAACUCCUCCAUGAGCUCACCACCGUCCCAGAACUGCUCAGUGCUGGCGCUGUGGACAUCACCCCAGCUGGAUGCAGUGAUGUCCCAGGAGCAGGAGAGCCAGCAGCCACCCCUCUCCUUGCAGGCUACUGCCACAGGUGAAGGCCAGCAGGAUGAGCAGGAGCUGAAGGCAGAGCCCAGUGCCGUGCCGGGUAGCCAGGACACCAAGGAGUGACAACCGUCACCAACACCGAGGGCAGCUGGCACACACGGGAAGGCACCUCCCUCACCCCAGCGUUCAUGCUGUGGUCCAUUUGGGCAAACAGGCAAUAAACAUUUCCCUCCGUGCA